AUGGCUUCGCAACAAAAGGAUUCAAAUAAUGAUAAAAAACAAGUGACUGGUGAUCGUAUCGUUUUUCCUGGUGAUAAAGAUGAAAAAGCUGAUUUGGCUGAGGCGGCAGUGGAGAUAAAAUCUAAUUCCAUUGAAGAGAGUAAAGCCUCAACGGGUAAAAUAGUGUUAACCAACAGAAAUUUCAUUCAGACACCUCCGAAUUGUCCCCCUGGACAACAACCAGACAAGGAUGGCGUUUGCAGGGAUGUGUUCUAA